UCUAACUUUUUGUGAUUGCAGAAAGAUAUAUAAAAAUGGAGAUUGAGUCCAGGGAGGCAGUUGAGUUGUGGUCGCUCCUCAAGAAAGAUGUUGGGUCUCGCAGUGGUUGCCCUCGGUCUCGUGGCCUCUGUCACUUGUGAUGGAGGGCUGCCUGACUUUCUGCUUGCAGGCAGCUGUCCUGAUGUGUCCCUCCAGUCGAACUUCGAUGUUCGCAAGUACUCAGGUCGCUGGUUCAUGACGGAGAUCAUCGAGAACCCUUACAUGCCAAUGAAGAAAUGCAUCAGUUCCAAUUACGACCUCGACGAAAGGCAAGACGGUUUUGAAGUGACCACUUCAGGAUUGGACGCCAAUGACGAACACGAAUCCCUCCAGGGAAAGAUCUACCACACAACCAGAUUCCCCAAGGGCCACUUGCACCUCGAUUUCCCUGGUGUUAUUGGCAGCCCUUACAAAGUGAUUGAGACCGACUACGAAAACUACUCUUGCGUGUAUUCCUGCAUCGACUGGAGUGGAUACAAGACCGAGUUCGGCUUCGUCUUCUCCAGGACACCCGAGAACGAAGGAGAUGCUACUGAGAAAUGCGCCGAAGUCUUUGAGAAGAAUGGCGUUAACUUCGAUAACUUUGUCACUGUUCCUCAUUCUUCAGACUGUGAUUAUGAAUCAUAGAUUAAAUCCACUAUCAUUUGAAUGUUUAAAUUCUAAAUUCAUGUCUUACUGCUUUCUUUAUUUCAUUU